GCGGCGCAGACCACUCGACCGGCUGUUCAGCCGCUGAAUACUACUCAGAGUGCUCCUCUCGAUGCCACAUCCAAAGAGGCUCACGCGAAACCCCACUCCUCUCGUCCCACUGUACCCCCCGUGACUAUUCCUCAAGGUCCCAGCGCCCGUGCGGUUGCCAGCACUCCGACCGCGAAAAGCCAAGUGCAGGACCCUCCUAAUACCAGUGAUUCUACUCGCUAUCGUGGUUUGAUUUCUUCUGCUUCUCGUUAUGCGUCAGCCAUGAACCCAUUAUACCCUGCAUCUCAUCGUCAAGCUACCUCAGCGAGCACCAACCAGCAACCCAAACCCUCGCAAUCGACACAAUCUAUACCCCACCAUCGAACUGUAUCAUUACCCACCCCGCAAUCUAUGCCCGCAUCUACCGCCAACCCACGCCCUCCUUCUCCUCGUAAAGCUUCUCAGCCUUUGUUCAACUCCAGCAAUACAUCAACACAGCCUUUCCCCAGUUCAUCGCAAGUAAACGUUUCGUCUCGCCCCUCCAAGACGGCCGAACCUUCGUGGGCUGCCCGUGUUGCAGUUUCAGGACAUCCAUCUACCCCUGCUCCUUCUCGUGCUUAUCUCCCCCCAGCCAUGAAUCGCACAUUCUCCCACGAGUCCGAGAUGCUGAUGACGCCUUCUUCGAUUGCACCGUCCAUGCCUAAAACACCGCAGACACCGAAGGCGAGUUUCACUGCCACCCAAGUGACUGCGCCCCCAAUGAGGCAGAGGCAGGUAUCAACAGAGUCGAAGGAGUCGAAGAAGAAGUCAGGUGGUUUCCUUGGAGGGUUGUUCAGGACCAUGUCAGGGUCAGGCACUUCUAAACCUCUUGAGAGUCCUGUCGCUCCAUCUCCAAAGCUGUCUAUGGAGCAGCAUAAGGCUCCGGCGAUCGUGGCACCACCCAUCCAGCACUCCAAGUCGGCCUCUUCGGCUAAGGACUCGAAGGUUACGGCUAUGGCUUCCGCACUUCCUUCCCAUAUGGUGCAAACUACAGCUCUUCCGCCCACAUCAGCGUCUGCUCAACCGAAGGCGCCAAAAGCCAAGGCCAGGGGCCCUGAGGUUACCUUUCCAUCUGCGCACCCUCAUCGUGAUCGCAAGCCGCCUUCGUCCAAUGUGUUCUCUCCGUUCAGUUUCCUGACUAGCAAAAGAAAUCGCACCAUGUCUGGAGCAUCUCUUGACGUAUGUGAUGGAAACACUGCAACGAACACUGUGAUCGGGUCUCCUGCUCAUUCUGCCCUCAGCCAAGUUCAGCCCCUUCCGCCUGUGGCGCCGCCACCUUUCCGCGAUCCUAUGGUGGCAACCAGCCAAUGGAGGGAUAGAGAAGAGGCAGAGCAGAAGAGGCGGAAGAAAAGCCGACCUCGGCCAGGAGUGACCUUUGACGUUGCGGAAGACCCACCUGACCCUUACCCUGGGGCUACAGGCAGGCAGAAAGGCGCGCGGCUGGUUCGGCGCAAGACAGGCCGUUCUUCGACUCCCGGACCCCGCUGACGAAUGAUAUGAUGGUUGUCGAUCUAUGUUUGAAGUAUCUUAGUAUCGUCUUCGUAUUAUGUUAUAUAGUUUAUGGUCCUAUAACAGCUAUAAGAUUUGUUAUGCUUGUGUUGAUGCU